AUGUCGUCGAAUUCAUUGAUAUUCGUAUGGUUAGAUAAACGUAUGGGAUAUUUACCAGGCGGAAAUGAACAAUUAAAAGAUAAAUUUCGAAAAAUUCUUUCACCACUUCGUCAAUUUGAUAAGCCAACAUCAUGUUAUGAUUUUCUUCGAGAUUCAACAAAAGAUAAAAAAGUUUUCUUUUUAACAACAAAUAUUUUUGCUGAAGAAGACUUUCUUCGUCAAAUAGCAUUGAUAAAAAAUGUUCACUUUAUUUAUAUUUAUGAUCAAGAAAAUAAACAAUUUACAACAAAUGAUAAAAAUCUUCUAGAAAAAAUGGGUUCGAAACGUCUUAUUCAUUUUGAUGAAAUUCUUUAUGAACAAUUAAUUUAUGAUUUAAUUCAAUUAUAUAAAAAUCAAGCAGAACAACUUGUUAAAGAUAAACAAAAUAAAGAGGCGAAACAAUUAUUUGAAUAUUCUUUACAAUUAAUUGAUACUGUUGAAGAGCAAAAUCAAGAUUUACAAACAGUUCAACAAGAUUUAUUUGAGAAAAUUCAACAAAUUAAAUAA